UGCCCGCAGCGCCGGCAGGAGCGCAGCGCGUCUCGUCGCGGUGCGCACUGCUGGAACGGCCCGCGAGUGGACGGGCCCGGGGGCACCGCUGCUGCCUUGCUCGCUCCUUGUCGCUGCCCAUGAGCGGAUCCCCACGCGACCCGGGUCCGUAGGCCGCGGGGCGCCCCCGAUGCUGCUGCAGCCCGCGCCGUGCGCCCCGAGCGCGGGCUUCCCGCGGCCCCCGGCCGCCCCCGGCGCCAUGCACGGCUCGCAGAAGGACACCACGUUCACCAAGAUCUUCGUGGGCGGCCUGCCGUACCAUACCACCGACGCCUCGCUCAGGAAGUACUUCGAGGGCUUCGGGGACAUCGAGGAGGCCGUGGUCAUCACCGACCGCCAGACGGGCAAGUCCCGCGGCUACGGCUUCGUGACCAUGGUGGACCGGGCGGCCGCCGAGCGGGCUUGCAAAGACCCUAACCCCAACAUCGACGGCCGCAAAGCCAAUGUCAACCUGGCCUAUCUGGGUGCCAAGCCGAGGAGCCUGCAUUCGGGCUUCGCCAUCGGCGUGCAGCAGCUGCAUCCCACCUUGAUCCAGCGGACGUACGGGUUGACCCCCCACUACAUCUACCCACAAGCCAUCGUCCAGCCCAGCGUGGUGAUCCCGGCCACCCCCAUGCCCUCGCUGUCCUCGCCCUACAUUGAGUACACGCCGACCAGCCCGGCCUACGCGCAGUACCCGCCAGCCGCCUACGACCAGUAUCCCUACGCGGCCUCGCCCGCCUCGCCUGCCAGCUUCCUGAGCUACAGCUACCCAGCCGCGCUGCCCCCGGGCCUCGCGGCCCCCGCGGGCACCGCCUUCGUGCAGUACCAGCCCCCGCAGCUGCAGCCCGACAGGAUGCAGUGAGGCCGCUGCCCUGCCCGCGGCCUGCUGCCCACACGUCCACCCGGCCGAGCUGGGGCCGCAUACCGGCACCUGUGCUUCUGGGGACCCCCAGGACCCCUGCCUGCACCCUGGAUGGCCCAGAAGCCGCUUCCCUCCAAACCCAGGACCCGCUCUGCGUCAAGGGAGGACUUGAAGACAGAGAAGGAGCAAGAGUUCCAGAAGACGUAAGCCUGACCUCCCAGCGCGUACAGCCUGCCGCCUCCCUUCACCUGCGCUCCCUCCCCGAGCUCGGCUGAGGGGCCCCGCCUCCCCCGCCUAGCACCCGGCAAGGCCACGCCCACUCCCUGCAGACCCCGGCUGCUGCUCUGCGGGCUCUGCAGAGACUGUCCUGCUCAGAGAUGCCUUACUCCAGGGAAACCUAAAUGAGUGGCGUGAAUUGACUGUUUAUUGUCACUCCAUCCGCACAAGCUGUGAACGCGGGAGAAGGUGUGUGACCACCGCCUCGUGGGAUUCUCACUUCCGGCGGUGGCACAGGGUGGCUCCCGCGAGCCCCCGAGGCUCCCGGGGCAGCAGGGCCACCGGCCAUGGCCGCGUCCUUGGCCCUCGGAGCACUGAGACCUUUUUUCUUACUGUGGUCGUUUUGCUACUAAAGAUGAUCCAGAAUUUCAGUUUAUUUUUUCAGUGGAGGCUCCUGCCACCGAGAAACCAGAACCUGUUUUUGACUUUGAGAUGCUCACUGCUGUCCGUGGCUCCGCCCAAGGAGACGGGGACAGU